AUGAAGAGAAGAUGCGGCGAAAACAGCCACGAGACUUCUUCACCAUUGACGACGCGACUUCUUCACGAUAUCGAUAUACCUCUCGAUCUAACGGUGGAGAUACUAAAGAAACUCCCGACUAAAUCACUUAUGAGGUUCCGAUGCGUUUCGAAGCUAUGGUCAUCGAUUAUCACCAUGCGUAGGGACUUCAUAGACUGGAUCGUGACUCGCUCUUUGACUCAGACUCCGUGUGAUGCCCAUCGCAUCUUCAACAUGAAUUUGCGCUGCUACACGCAAUGUUACUUAAGCUUUUCAUCUACUAACGCUCGAAACACUCACAAAGAAUCAGUAUCAAUCCCUAGAACAGCAGGACAAUACGUCCGAGGUUUGUUUUUAUGUUUGCCAUGCAAGAGUCUUGAGGCAGCUAUAUCUAACCCUACCACAAGGCAGUACUUUAACUUACCAAAGAUGAAACAUUCAGGUAAAGGCAAUUGCUUCUUCGGAUAUGACCCUCUCGAAAAUCAGUACAAAGUAUUGUUCAUACCAAAGGAACCUGCGGAGCAGCCUUGUCAAGUUUUUACAUUAGGAGAUCCCAUGGCGAAGCAGUGGAGGAACAUCCAAGGCAUUGAAUCUCAGUUUCCAAUCCGAUAUGCAUAUCGUGAAAUUUGCAUCAACGGGGUUAUCUAUUUUAUAACAAGGAGCACAGACACUAGUUUUGAGUAUAAUAAACUGAUAAGUUUUGAUAUUAGGUCAGAGAAAUUUCAUCAUAUUGACACUCCAAAAACACUGAUAAAAUUGGGUUGGUUUCCGAUAAACUACCAAGGAAAGUUAGGACUCAUGUAUUGCAAGGACUGCGUGGAAAUUUGGGUUAUGGAGAAUGCUGAGAAGAAGACACAAAGAUGGUCCAAGAUUUUCUUUUAUGAGAUGGCAGGUUUUGAAAAAUGGUGCGUACCGGGUGUUACUCGUGGUGGUGAGAUUGUGUUUUCAAAUUCGGGAUGCCUAUAUGAUAAUGACGUGUUACGCGUCUUCUAUUAUAAUCCGAAUUGCAACAGUAUGAGAUAUGUUGACCUCGAAGACAUUUAUCCUAAGGAAAGUAGGCCGAAAACCUCUCUAUUUAUCUGGACUAUUCCGGAUUAUGUCGAGAACACAAUGUGUUUGUAUUAG